GCGUCACCUUCAGUGUCCAUAUUACUUCCUACUUCCUUUCCACGCUCCCUCUACUCAAUGUGGUUCCCAGCGUCGCUCGCUCGGCCCAAAGUGCCAAAAUGUACUCUUUCAUUGUUGCAAUCUUGCUUGCACCGAUCAUGGUGAAGGCUCAGGUCGGCGUCUCCGGAGCUCAGGCCCCCCAAAGCGCAGACUACUCCCCGGCUGAGAUCGCAAAUGGCACAGCAUUUAGUAAUGUCUCACUCAUUGCGAAUGAGAACAUGCAGUACAACCUCGUUCACAGGAACAGCACUAACUGCACAUACUACAAUGCCCACCGACGUCGGGAGUGGCGUACUCUACCUCCUGCAGCUCGAAAAUGCUUCACGGACGCUGUGACAUGUCUUAUCAGCAUGGCUCCUAUGCGGAUGACGGCAGAUGAGGCGCCAUACUACCCUGGAGUUCGGUCGAGGUAUGAUGAGUACGUCGCCACCCAUAUAAAUUAUACCUUCAAUAUCCACGACACAGCCAACUUCUUCGCUUGGCAUCGAGCCUUCAUACACUUCUGGGAGCAAGACUUGCGUACUCUUUGCGGCUACGACGGCUUUCUACCCUACUGGGAUUGGUCUCUUGACGCAGCGGCGCCACAAAACAGUCCGCUCUUUGUGGGAGACGCAUACAGUAUGGGAAGCAACGGCGUCUUCGUUGCUAACCGGUCUGACACAUGGCUGGCGGCGCAGAACGUGACCUACCCUCCAGGUACCGGCGGCGGCUGCGUACGUAGCGGACCGUUCGUCAACUACACUGUCAACCUUGGCCCGCUAGAUCUGCCACACGCGGUCAACGUGCAGAGCCCUUUCCGGUACAAUCCACGCUGCCUCACCCGUGAUCUUAACCCUUGGUUUAGCCAGAACUACAACACCUUUACCAACCUUACGCAUACCAUGCUCGAUAAUAUCUACAUCUCGGACUUUCAAGCAACCGUCCAAGGCUACGGGUCUGAGAGUAAUCGAUUCGGUAUUCAUGGCGGAGGACACUGGAUGGGCGGUGGUAGCAUGAGCGACUUUCACAGCUCUCCAUCAGACCCGGUGUUCUUCCUCCAUCAUGGGCAGAUUGAUCGUAUCUGGACCAUCUGGCAGAAUCUGGACAUCUACCGGAGGCAGAACGCUAUUUACGGCACUUCGACGCUGGGAAACGAGCCACCCAGUGCGGAGAUGACGCUCGACGAUAUGCUGCCUUUCGGCUUGGUGGCGGAUGAUGUGCGGUUCGGAGAUGUGAUGGACACUUUCGGCGGUCCGUUUUGUUACAGAUAUGUUUGACAAGAAGAAGUUCAGGUGAUGCUUGAACCAGAGCGUUCCUGGCCACUCCAGCUGAGUUGACCGUAUAUCGCUCAGCUCGGGCAUUGCGAGCAACAUUGUCUGGCCGCGGGAAAUUAUGAAAACAAAGUGGUUGCUACGCAUCGAAGAUAUCGAUACUUUUGCUUUCUGUUCACUAUCUGUAGGUAUCG